CCGGCAGCCUGCAAGGGAGUGAGCUCAGCAGGCCGCGUGAGAAGGGGCUAGGAAGCAGACAGGACGCCCUUGGCAGUGCUUGGUGGGAAAAGCACAGACCGACUGGAGAAUGGGUGUGGAAGAAGGUGCACCAUGGAACCCUUCUGUCCGCUGCUGCUAGCAGGCUUUAGCUUGCCACUCGCCAGGGCUGGCACGGGGAACGAGACCGCCGCAGCGGGGAGCAACUGGACCAGAGCAACUGCUGGGCCCCCGGACCCUGAAGCCGCCCAGCCUCUGCUCACCUGGCUCCUGCUGCCGCUGCUGCUCCUCCUCCUGCUGCUGCUUCUGGCCGCCUACUUCUUCAGGUUCAGGAAGCAGAGGAAAGCCGUGGUCAGCAGCAACAACAAGAAGAUGCCCAACGGGAUCUUAGAAGAGCAAGAGCAGCAGAGAGUGAUGCUACUGAGCAGGUCCCCAUCAGGUCCCAAGAAGUACUUCCCCAUCCCCGUGGAACACCUGGAGGAGGAGACCCGCCUGCGCUCAGCGGACGAUGGCCAGCGCUUCCGCGAGGAGUUCAACUCGUUGCCAUCGGGACACACACAAGGAACAUUUGAACUGGCUAAUAAAGAAGAAAACAGAGAGAAAAACAGAUACCCUAACAUCCUUCCCAACGAUCAUCACAGGGUGAUUCUGAGCCAAGUGGAUGGGGCUCCCUGCUCCGACUACAUUAACGCUUCCUACAUAGACGGUUACAAAGAGAAGAAUAAAUUCAUAGCUGCUCAAGGCCCGAAGCAGGAGACGGUGAACGACUUCUGGAGGAUGGUGUGGGAGCAGAAGUCGGCCACCAUCGUCAUGUUGACGAAGCUGAGGGAAAGGAAGGAGGAGAAGUGCUAUCAGUACUGGCCGGACCAGGGCUGCUGGACCUACGGAAACAUCAGGGUGUCUGUGGAGGACUGUGUGGUCCUGGUGGACUACACCAUCCGCAAGUUCUGCAUUCAGCCACAGCUCUCGGAUGGCUGCAAAGCCCCACGGCUUGUGUCGCAGCUGCAUUUCACCAGCUGGCCCGACUUUGGGGUGCCUUUCACCCCCAUUGGGAUGCUGAAAUUCCUGAAGAAGGUGAAGACACUUAACCCUUCACAUGCUGGGCCCAUCGUGGUGCAUUGCAGCGCGGGCGUGGGCCGGACGGGCACCUUCAUCGUGAUUGACGCCAUGCUGGAUAUGAUAUCCUCUGAACAGAAGGUGGACGUCUUUGAGUUUGUGUCACGAAUCCGCAAUCAGCGCCCUCAGAUGGUCCAGACGGAUGUCCAGUACACGUUUAUCUACCAAGCAUUGCUGGAGUACCACCUCUACGGGGACACUGAGCUCGACGUGGCCUCCCUAGAGAGGCAUCUGCAGACCCUGCGGGGCCCAGCCACCCACUUCGACAAGAUCGGCCUGGAGGAAGAGUUCAGGAAACUGACGAACGUCCGGAUCAUGAAGGAGAACAUGAGGACCGGCAACCUGCCCGCCAACAUGAAGAAGGCCCGCGUCAUCCAGAUCAUCCCGUAUGACUUCAAUCGGGUGAUCCUGUCCAUGAAAAGGGGCCAAGAGUACACGGACUACAUCAACGCGUCCUUCAUAGAUGGUUAUAGGCAGAAGGAUUACUUCAUGGCCACACAGGGGCCGCUGCCGCACACGGUCGAGGACUUCUGGAGGAUGGUCUGGGAGUGGAAGUCCCACACGAUUGUGAUGCUCACCGAGGUACAGGAGAGGGAGCAGGAUAAAUGCUACCAGUACUGGCCAACAGAGGGCUCAGUGACUCAUGGAGAAAUCACGAUUGAAAUAAAGAGUGACACCCUGUCCGAAGCCAUCAGUAUUCGGGACUUCCUGGUCACUUUCAGUCAGCCCCUGGCCCGCCAGGAGGAGCAAGUCCGCAUGGUACGUCAGUUCCACUUUCACGGGUGGCCAGAGAUUGGCAUUCCUGCAGAGGGCAAGGGCAUGAUCGACCUCAUCGCGGCCGUGCAGAAGCAGCAGCAGCAGACGGGCAACCACCCCAUCACUGUGCACUGCAGCGCGGGAGCCGGGCGAACGGGUACAUUCAUCGCCCUCAGCAACAUUUUGGAACGAGUGAAAGCUGAGGGGCUUCUGGAUGUGUUUCAAGCUGUGAAGAGCUUACGACUUCAGAGACCACACAUGGUGCAAACACUGGAACAGUAUGAGUUUUGCUACAAAGUGGUACAAGAUUUUAUUGAUAUAUUUUCUGAUUAUGCUAAUUUCAAAUGAAGAUUCCUGCCUUAAAAUAUUUUUUAAUUUAAUGGUCAGUAUAUUUUGUAAAAAGAAAAGGAUCAUGUUAAUUUAUUUCAUAGUGGACAUUAAUUCCCUUCCUAAUUCCUGUGUACAUAUUUUGUUAUGCUUUGAAAGGCCAUCUGCUGUAAGGUUCUUAAAUCUUAAAUGCCCUCUUGGAAAAAUUGGAAUAAUGUAUUAAGGUCAGAUAAUAUCCCACAAGAUACCUAUUUCUGCUAAUGUCGGUAAAUAUCUAAUUCAUUAGAUUCAUAUCAUGUCAUGUCACACGUUGUACAUCUCUAAGUGUUGUAGUCCUUAGUAGGCGAGGUAUGUUUGUGCAAGACACUAAAUGCAGCGCGCUUGCGUGGGGAGCAGUCUUGGACCCAGAAGUCAGGCCAGCGCUGUCUCAUCACUGUGUCCCCCACGCGGAGCAGUUGCUGGGAAGGCCAUGCAAGCAGGGACUUCUAUCAAGUCCUGGGUCUCAGCCAGGUAAAUUACCUUUACAUUUUAAAGAUCUGAAAAGGAGCCAGGCAUGGUGACACAUAGGAUUCUAGCCCUUGAGAAGGUGAGACAGGAGAAUUGCCUCUAGUUCCAGACCAACAUGGCCAAAAGCUAGAGUAUGACCCUGCCCAAAA